AAGGACAAAACCGUAACUUCACCCACAUUCUCCGAGAUCUAAUAAUAACAUCCGGCCGGCCGGCAUCUUCACAAAUUCCCGUUUCCUUUUACCAUCUUCGCCGGAGUUCUUCACUCUCCGGUUUCUUCUCAUCCAGAUUCACCUCUACAAAACCUUCAAUUCGAAUCAAAUCCACAAUUCGCAAUGUUAGCCAAGGCAGAUCCUUCUCAAAAACUCUACACGCGCAUGCGGUUAUGGGAGUUUUCCGAUCAAUACGUUGUGGAACCUAGUGACGGUUCGUCUGGAUCGUGUUUGGCGAUUAGUCGUGUUAACGGCAACAUGACGCUUCUAGACGAAGUUCCAAACGCUACUGGCCGUGCUCCAAAAAUUCAGACCAUUUUUGGUGUUGUUGGGAUACUAAAGCUUUUGGCAGGAUCAUAUCUAUUCGUCAUAACAGAACGUGAAUGUGCUGGAUCUUACUUGGGUCAUCCUAUUUUUAAAGUAUUAAAGCUGAAAGUCUUUCCCUGUGAUCUUUCUGUGAAAAACUCUCCCGAGGAACAGAAAAAGAUGGAGUCGGAGUUUUCUUCCAUGUUAAAAGUUGCAGAGAAGACACCUGGCCUUUACUUCUCAUAUGAUGUUAACAUAACACUAAGUGCACAACGGUUGAAUGACUUGGGUGACGAGUCAAGGCUUCUUCCUCUUUGGAGGCAGGCAGAGCCUCGGUUUCUUUGGAACAACUAUAUGUUGGAAGUUCUGAUUGAUAACAAGCUCGACCAUUACAUGCUUCCUGUUAUCCAAGGAUCUUUUCAGAAUUUUCAAUCGGCCGUCGGGAAAGAUACAAUAGAUGUCACCCUCAUCGCACGGAGGUGCACUAGGAGGACUGGGACCCGGAUGUGGAGAAGAGGAGCUGAUCCUGAUGGCUACGUAGCAAAUUUUGUAGAAAGUGAACAAAUUGUACACAUAAAUGGCUAUACUGCAUCGUAUGUGCAGGUCCGAGGCUCAAUACCGCUUCUCUGGGAACAGAUUGUUGAUCUAACAUAUAAGCCUAAGUUUGAUAUUGUGAAACCUGAGGAAGCAUCUCGAGUUGCUGAGAGGCAUUUCCUGGAUUUAAGGAAGAAAUAUGGAAAUGUGUUGGCUGUUGAUCUUGUCAAUAAGCAUGGUGGUGAGGGUCGCCUGUGUGAAAAGUACGCCGGUGCAGUACAGAAUAUUCUUAGCGAUGAUAUGAGAUACGUGCACUUUGACUUCCAUCGCAUCUGUGGACAUAUCCAUUUUGAACGCUUAUCUAUUCUUUAUGAUCAAAUCGAGGAUUUCCUUGUUAAAAAUAGGUACUAUUUGCUAAACGAGAACGGUGAAAAGAUUGAAGAACAAAUUGGAAUCGUACGAACUAAUUGUAUUGAUUGCUUAGACCGCACAAAUGUCACACAGAGCAUGAUUGGGCGUAAAAUGUUGGAACUCCAACUUCAACGGCUUGGUGUUUUUGAUGCUAACAAAACUAUUAGCUCCUAUCCUAGUUUUGACGAUUGCUUUAAAAUAUUGUGGGCAAAUCAUGGGGAUGAUAUAAGCAUUCAGUAUUCUGGUACACCUGCUUUGAAAGGAGAUUUUGUCAGAUACGGCAAGAGGACCACCCAAGGGAUUAUUAAUGAUGGUAUAAAUGCCCUAACGCGCUAUUACCUGAAUAAUUUUGUCGAUGGUACAAAACAGGAUGCCAUUGAUCUAAUGCAAGGACAUUACAUUGUUUCUGUUUCUCGAGACAUGGCUUCCAAAAAGCCCCAAGGAAAGGUUGAGGCUGUUGCGUCUUUCCGUCUUGCUUUAGCGUUGAUAAUAACGGGGUUUGUUUUUGCAAUGAUGUCACUCAGGAAAGUUCGGUAUGAUGUUUGGCAUUUGCUAUUUUCCCUAUUGUGGGCGGGACUAAGUUUAGCGAUCGGGGGAUUUGUGAAGGCCAAUGGUCGGGUUUUCUGUAAUCGACCUCGUCUGCACAAACCUCCCUAUUGAAUGUGUUGUUUUGCAAAGGUAUUAUUCAUUAUUUAUAGUCUCUUUGAGAGCUUCUUCAUUGGUCAUAUAAUAACUUUGAAUUCAUUUGUAGCUUUCCACUUCUGUUUUCUAACUUGUGACUGAAAUAUUGCAGUCACUUUUAUUUUAUGGGUUUCUUGUUAUAUGAUGUGUUUUGACUUUAAAACAAAGUCAACUGAUUAAAUUUUGGAAUGAA